AUGCUCGGCAAUGUCAGCAUUCGCGAAGCCACUUCAUCCCAGAGUAACCCUCCGGCGCCUGACGAUGUUGAUUUCCAUGAUUAUAAGAGAGCCGUUCCCCGUGUCACCGAAGAUGGGGAGCCCAACACAGUCGUCUGGGAAUGCCCAGCAGACCGAGAGGUCAAGUAUGUAACAGACUGGUAUCAUAUACCAGACAUACCAAACUUCCUCGUCUGCACACACUGCCACGAGAGGUGCCUUGCACGAACACCCCUAGAGAACUCUUUCAAACGCACCCGUCAACCGGAAGGGCGUUGUCGGUUCAAUGCUCCCCGCAUCACCAGACUCCUGCUACCAGAGUGUCUCAAGCGCAGAGAUAUCACUCCUCUGCGGGAAUUCAUGACCGCUCGACUCGAUGUCCUGGACUGUAAAGACGCCUCGGGCGCCGAUGGCUCAGCAGGAAUCAAAUGGUUCAAACCGCUUGACGACAGACUCGAUGGCUUCGUAUCUUGUGAGGCUUGUUAUCAAGAUGUCGUGCUGGCAACGUCGUUCCGUGACAAAUUUGUUCCGCACGACUCACCCCAAGCAUCUGAUGCCGUCUGGGCCUGCGACGUCUGUCUUCCCUUCAUGAGUCGAUCCAUAGUCAGACUUUCCAAAUCAGGAGCCGACGGCUGGAACUCGUGGGUAGAAGCAGCGGCGAAGCACAUUGCUCUCCCUGAAUGCGACAAGGGGCCCGUAUCGCCCUCGUCCAGACGCUGGAUGCGACUGCGUGGCGAGCAGCAUCCGGAUUUCAAAAUGUGUGAAAAGUGCUACGAGAAGCAUGUGGCUCUGACGACACUGGAAAAGGACUUUGAAUCCAUUCCACAUGUGCCGAGUCACACAGGGUUGGACUGGAUGGAUGCCGCACUGGGCUAUACAACGACGGAACCUACACCCAUCACAUGCAGCAUGAACAGCUUGCCCAUUGAAGUCGCGCUCACAGACGCCAAGGACUUUCAGGACAUCAACGUUCUCUAUCGUGCUCUGGAGGUCAUUCUCUCCUGCCCACCGUGUACCGAACGGGGCAUCAUCAACGGCACGUGGUACACGUUGACCGGCGGCGGCUGCGACGGCUAUAGGAUCUGUGCACCAUGUCACGCUGCGUUCAUCACACCGUUCGGACUAGAUACAUUCUACGAGAAAUCCCAGAGCGAGGAAGCAGGGGGGACCUACUUCUGCAGCUUCGAGCGGUCCUCCGCCCCGCGAUGGGUCGAACACAUGAACCGCAACGCCGAAGCCGUCGAGACUGGCGUCUGGUCCCGCUACUCCGUCUUCGUGCGCAAGUUCGCCGGCGUCCCGCACUGCGCCAAGGAGAACCUCGUCGACAACCGCCGCUGGUACGGGUGGGACGACUGCACAAUCUGCCCCGAGUGCUACAUCACCUUCUGCCAGGAGAGCUCGCCGCCUCCUCCCAGUCUGACAAAGGAAUUCAACAACGACCUCGUCGUCGAGAAGAGGAUGUGCUGCCUGUACUCCCCGCGCAUGCGGCAAAAGUGGAUCGAGGCGUGCGAGGCGGGUAACGCGGAGGCGCUGAUCGAGUUUUCAAGGGUGCGGCACGGGGUUUGGGUGCAGACUGUGCUGCAGGUCCAGGCGCUUCGCCAGAUGCAGGAUAUGCAGAUGAUGAAUGCAAUGCAUGCGGGAUUCAUGAGUGUCACGUACCAAGGUAUUGAGGGCAUACAGGUGGUGUCUGGCACGACAGAUGGGUACGAGCAUGGGAAUAGUCAACUUGGAUGGCAUGCGACGGAGGCGGGCGCAACGAGUGCAGCUUUUCGGAAUCAGAUGCAGGCUGGGAUGGCUCAGUCUAAUAGUUCGAAUACGUGGAUGACGAUAUGGCAGUUAUUGCUGAAAUGGUCAGAGUUUGAGUAG